GCUGCCGUGAUUGGAAGGUUUUUUGGUAUGGAAUGAUCUCGUCUCGCUCAGGGCUGGUAUGUGUGCUCCAAAUGGCAAAGACAGCCACAGUCUGAACUACGAGCGAACAGAACAAGACCGAUCGUCACGGGUUUUUUUGGAAAUAUAUGGACAUUCGCGCAACUUUUUCCCGAUAUUAAGAAAUAUUUGGAAAACGUGGACAGGUACAAAGUCAACACUCUACUGCAGUAAAAAAGGUCUCCAUGGUGCCAUGCUUGUCUGCUGUGACCAGUGUCUGUGAGAUCCGACCCCCCAUGGAUGUGGAUGUUCUCCAGCGCCAGCAACGCUUCGCACACACCUCCCCCUCAGCAUGUUCCUGCACUAUGGAUCCUCCUGUGAGGGUUGUGGACCCAGGGAGCCUGUGAGAACGAAGAUUUGAGAUUCUCGCCCAGAGCCAACGUUGCCCCCCCCCCACCUGUCUCCCUGCCCCCGAGUACUCUCCCCUCCACCAGCCUCACCUCCAGCCCCACAGCCCUGUCGGAGCCCCACCUCACCUCCGCCCCCCUAGCCCUCUCAGAGAGUCCCUCACCUCCACAGCCCCGUCAGAGCUCCACCUCACCUCCAGGUGAACAAGCAGAGGAGUGGAACCAGGAUCAGGAGCUCCCCCCUGCUGAGGCCUAUAGGCCUCCCUCCACACCCCCAGCCCCUCCAGACCCCCAGCCCCAGCAAACCCUCCACACCCCCAGCCCCAGCAGACCCUCCAGACCCCCGCACGCAGCACCCCAGCCUGCAGUGGGAUGUCAGGCCUCGCCCUCUACGUGGCUGCAGUGGCAGUCAGCAUACUGCUCACCCUCGGAGCUCAAGCAGGUCAGAACCCGGACCACAUGCUCCACGGCACGGGGGCCAAACACGAGGGCCGGCGGCCCGGGGACGACUCGACGGUGGCCCCGGAGGACGCGGCGCGCUUCCUCAGCUGCCACUGCUCGGGCCACUGUCCCGAGGACGCCAAGAACAACACGUGCGAGACGAACGGCCAGUGUUUCGCCAUCAUAGAGGAGGAUGAGUACGGCGAAGUCAUCCUGACCUCAGGCUGCAUGAAGUACGAGGGCUCGCACUUCCAGUGCAAGGAUUCACCCAGGGCCCAGACCAGGAGGACCAUCGAAUGCUGCCAAAAGGACUUCUGCAACCGCGACCUUCAGCCCACGCUGCCGCCGCCUAUAGAAACCAGUUCUUACUUUGGCAGCGCCCACUGGCUGGCCUUCUUCAUCUCCAUGACGGUGUGCUGCUGCACCCUCAUCUGCAUCACUGUGGUCUGUUACUACAGAUACAAGUGGCAGACGGAGAGGCAGCGCUACAGCCGCGACCUGGAGCAGGACGAGGCCUUCAUCCCGGUGGGGGAGUCCCUCAAAGACCUCAUCCACCAGUCCCAGAGCUCCGGCAGUGGCUCCGGGCUCCCCCUGCUGGUGCAGCGCACCAUCGCCAAGCAGAUCCAGAUGGUGCGUCAGAUCGGCAAGGGGCGCUACGGCGAGGUGUGGCUGGCGCGCUGGCGCGGGGAGAAGGUGGCCGUGAAGGUCUUCUUCACCAGGGAGGAGGCCAGCUGGUUCCGAGAGACGGAGAUCUACCAGACGGUCCUCAUGAGACACGAGAACAUCCUGGGCUUCAUCGCCGCCGACAUCAAGGGCACGGGCGCCUUCACCCAGCUCUUCCUCAUCACCGACUACCACGAGAACGGCUCGCUGUACGACUACCUCAAGUUCACCACGCUGGACACGCAGGGCCUGCUGCGGCUGGCCUACUCGGCGGCGUGCGGCCUCUGCCACCUGCACACGGAGAUCUACGGCACGCAGGGCAAGCCGGCCAUCGCCCACCGCGACCUGAAGAGCAAGAACAUCCUGAUGAAGAAGAACGGCACGUGCUGCAUCGCCGACCUGGGCCUGGCCGUCAAGUUCAACAGUGACACCAACGAGGUGGACGUCCCCCUGAGCAGCAGGGUGGGCACGCGCAGGUACAUGGCCCCGGAGGUGCUGAGCGAGAGCCUCAACAAGAACCACUUCCAGGCCUACAUCAUGGCCGACAUCUACAGCUACGGCCUCGUCAUCUGGGAGAUGGCCCGCCGCUGCGUCACAGGAGGCAUCGUGGAGGACUACCAGCUGCCCUACUACGAGAUGGUGCCCUCGGACCCGUCCUAUGAAGACAUGCUGGAGGUGGUGUGCGUGAAAGGACUCCGGCCCACCGUCUCCAACCGGUGGAACAGCGACGAGUGUCUCCGAGCCAUGCUGAAGCUGAUGUCAGAGUGCUGGGCCCACAACCCCGCCUCGCGCCUCACCAUUUUACGAGUCAAGAAAACCCUCGCCAAAAUGGUGGAAUCACAGGACAUCAAAAUUUGACCUAGCCCCCCACACACCACCCAGACCCCCAUCGCCCACCCCACCCCCACGUCCCACCCCUUUCACCCCUCCACUGUACCUAACACGGCAUGACUGAGCGGUUUGGAGGCAAAGUGUGCGACAGAACUACAAGUCCCAUGAUGCUGAGCACGACACCUCUGCUCUGGAGGGGAAGAGAAGCAGGGUGGGGACAUAUGAGCACCAGGACCCUGUCACCGGGGCCUCGAGCCCCCUCUCCCUACCCCACACACAUCCUCCACACAACCACAGCGGGCAGAGGAAAACUGCCAUUCAGGAUGGGCUGUCCUCCUACACAAACUCCACCAGGUCGACGCUUUCCUCUCAUUGGCCGGAAAAGGAAGAACCGGGUCUUAGGGAAACAGAGUGCCGGGGGGUUUUGCUGAUGCUUUCUGUGAAAGCCAAUCGUGUCGCGGCUCUCUGGCACGCGCCUGUGAGAUGGUUGACGGACAGAAAGGAUUACCCACUCAGAAGAGCCAGAGCCGCGCUUUCCGCACGACGACGCCGCCCCAGUAGGCCUCACCACCACCCGCCAGUCACGUUUUUUAUUUUGCCGUCAACAUUGAAAAUGCCAAUUUUGUUUUGUAUUUUUAUCUUCAGGACACCUCUUCUCCUGCCAUAUCGAAAUAUAUCUUGCUACUCCUAAAGUAGAGCAAUUAUGGAAUAAGGUACUAUAAUAAUAUGUGAAUUUAAUAUGUAAAUACAAUUGUAUCAAUAGAUGCCGUGCCUAACCCUUAAAAAAAAAAGAAGAAUAUGCUGCAAUGUUAUUCACGUCCAGUGGAUUCAAAAACACGACAUGCUUUAGGAGCUACGAGCAAUACUAGACUACCAAGGACUUUAAUACAAGGGCAUACCUGACUCGCCUUAAAAGAAAAAGA